AUGUUGGAUCCUGUUUUGCAACGGCAUCUGAAAGGUCAUCGGGGAAAGCUAACCGGCCUCUCGUUCAAUCCUGAGGGAUCCCGCUUCGUAUCCAGCUCAGUAGACUGUUCCGCAAUCGUGUGGACCAACAACCAGCAGGUGCGGUGUAUGCGCUUCGAGGCUCACACCGACGUAAUCAACGAUGUAUGUUGGUCACCCGAUGGAAGAAUUAUUGCAACAGCAUCUAAGGAUCGUUCAGUUAAAAUUUGGGUACCUUCGAUGCUUGGCAGCUGCGACGAAUUCCGCGGCCACACUUCGAACGUACGCUCGAUAGAUUUCGACGUAACUGGUAAAAAGAUUUUAACUUCAUCCGACGACAAAACGGUCAAGCUGUGGAAAGUAUCGCGCAAGCAGUUUCUGUCUUCGUUUACUGGGCAUACAAACUGGGUGCGUUGUGCUCGGUUUUCACCGGACGGCAAAAUGAUCGCUUCCUGCGCCGACGAUCGUACUCUGAAGUUAUUUGAUCCCGCAUCUGGCCAAUGCAUUCAUUCGUUCCAUGAUCAGAAAGGAGCAGGAUUGAAAGUAGCAUGGCACCCGGAGGGUUCCCUCGUGGCGAUUGCGCUGGAUAACUGUAGAGUUAAGAUUUUUGACUUGAACAUAAGAAAGUUGAUACAAUACUACCGGAUAUACGAUGGUGCGGUGAAUUCUCUCGACUUUCACCCUUCGGGAAAUUACCUUGUAACGGGCAGCGAUGACGGUAUUACAAAAAUUAUAGAUCUUCUCGAAGGGCGUCAAAUAUUUACGCUCACCGGCCAUCGUGGUCCUGUGACGGCGGUGAAAUUUUCGAAAGACGGACAGCAGUUUGUAACGGGCAGUGAAGAUUGUCAUGUCAUGCUUUGGAAGGCAAAUCUAGACAGUAAUACGGAACAAAACUCAGUAACAUCAGCAGAGAGCAGUUGCGAAGUGGUAGUUCCUGGCGGAAACAAGCGGAAUUUUAGCUUCAAUCGAGACGUAAGUGACGCGCAAGCAGAUGAUGACGAAUCUGGCUACAAUUGCAACAAAGAAAAUCUUCCGGAUACAAGCAUUUUUGUCGAUGCGACGAAAACUGAAAAUUUCAAAAUAUCCAAUGCAGUAGAGGUUAGCGAUUAA